AUGGCGAGCGAACUGACCUCUCUUGAGCCAGUUUACCAUGAUGUAGAACCCAAUCCAAGCCAGCAGAACACUAUUAUUUUUCCUGAAGGACAGUCCGGUGUACAAGUGUUUCUGUACGUCAAUAAUACAAGUCAGGUGAUGAUAGAGCCCUGUUGCAUUGAAGAUGAUGUCGUUAAAUGUGCUUGCACAAAUGAAACAAUACAAGGAGAGAAAAUAGUUACUUGGAAUACUACAGUAGUAUUCAACACGGGAUCUCUAGCGCUUACUUGUAAUAGUAAAUACCUGUCCAUAAUGGAUAUGUCGGAGUUCGAUAAGUCACAGUUUGUUUCAAUACUCAAAGAAUGUGAUGGAAAACCCCAGUGUGCUAUUAAUACCUUUCACAUUCAGCAUAAAUCAAUCAGCUUCUACUGUCAAGAUAAAUGUGAAAAUUACAACUCUACAAAAGCUGUUCUCAAGCAUAAUAUGUUAGACAAUUUGGAAGUACAAUAUCAGAGUGACGUCAGAGAAAACUUUACUGCGUUCCAGAAGUCUCGUGUCUACGAUUGUGAGGCUGGACAUGUUCUGACACGUGGUAAUCUAACGCAUCAGUGUCCGAGAAGGGGGCAGUGGUUGGGGGAUCCUCCAGUUUGCAAUGUCACCUGUCAGGAACCUAUCCAUGAGAACAUUACCACUAUUCGUGAAACAAGUCCGUUUCCAAUCUAUGUUGAGGGUUAUAAUGUGACUUACACGUGUAGGAGAAACCAUCGUCACUCUGGCGGUGAUCUAACUAGAUUCUGUGACGGAAGUGGCAGUUGGACAGGAGAGAAGCCUUUUUGUAAACGUUGCAAAUGUCCAUGUGAUAGGGUCCGAACCCAAAAUUUCAUCAAAGAUCCAGUAGUCCUUAAGAAUCGAAUUGACAAAUUGAAGAUGGAGUUGAAAGUGAAAAUGGAAAGUCUCUCCUCAACAUUGAGGAGGAAGACAUGUGCCAAGGACGAACGAAAGUCAUCAACCAACAUCGGCUCCGUCCUCGGAUGGGGAAUUCUCAUGUUUAUUGUGGUCCUCAUUGUAUUAAGUGACAUUCCAUUGUUCUACAGGCAAAUCCGUUAUGGACCUUAA